AUGGCGCGGGCCGAGGGGCGGCUGCAGCGUCCCUGCCGAGGCCGGCUUUUGGCCGAGCAACAGGCGCGCCGGGGCCGCCGCCGCCUCCGCCUCUGCCGAGCGCUGCGCUGCGCUCGCUUGCAAGGGCCGCCGCCGGCGCCGGGCUCUUCGCACGCCUGGCUGCAGCGGGCGGAGGCGCCUGGCGGGGCCGGAGCAGCGCGGGAGGGCUACUACGGCGGGGGCUACUACCCGGAGAGCGACCCGGGCUUGGGGCCGCCCCCCGAGGGCAGCGCGGACGCCGCCCCCUCCUCCUUCAUGGACGACGAAGCGUUCAAGCGUCUGCAAGGCAAGCGCAACCGGGGGCGAGAAGAGAUCAACUUCGUGGAGAUCAAGGGCGACGACCAGCUGAGCGGAGUCCAGCAGUGGCUCACCAAGUCCCUGACCGAGGAGCAGAAUAUGAAGUCCUUCAGCAAGAAAAAGGGGGAGCAGCCCACAGGGCAGCAGCGAAGGAAGCACCAGAUCACCUACCUGAUCCACCAGGCGAAAGAGCGGGAGCUGGAGCUGAAGAACAGCUGGGCGGAGAACAAGCUGAGCCGGCGCCAGACCCAGGCCAAGUACGGAUUUUAGCCCCUUCCCAGCCCAGGAGGGCCGUGCUGGAUUCCGAGCAGGACGGCCAGCCCGGGAUCCUGUUCUGCAAGGCAGCAGCCGAUGGGUGGGCUGCCGUGGAAGCCGCUGGAGGCCCUGCAGCCAGGCACGUGGCAACAUGGGCCCCCGGAGGG